AUGCUCGCCGCGAUCCUCGCGUCGCCGCGUCGGUCGCCGAACGGCGACGACGCGUCGUCCUCCUCCUCCUCCUCCUCCAUCCCGCGCGGCGUCCUCCCGCUCGUCCUCGGCGUCGCGCUCCUGAUCCGCGUCGCGACGUCCACGCAUCCGCACAGCGGAGAGAGCGCCCCGCCGUUGUACGGCGACUACGAGGCGCAGCGGCACUGGAUGGAGAUCACGACGUCGCUGCCGCUUCGCGAGUGGUACGUCCACGCGCCGGGAAAGGGGAACGACAUGAUGUACUGGGGCCUGGAUUACCCGCCGCUGACGGCGUAUCAGAGCUACGCGUACGGGAAGGUCAUCGGCGCGGUGGACCCGGAGACGACGGCGCUGAUGUCGUCGCGCGGGCACGAGUCGUACCGCUCGAAGCUCCUCAUGCGCCUCAGCGUGCUGCUGUCGGACGUCGUCUUCGUCUUCCCCGCGACGCUCCUCUUCGCGAGGGCGCACUACGCGCGCGAGUCGCCGGCGAGGAGGACGUGGGCGGUCGCGUUGGCGACGCUCGCGCCCGCGCAGAUCCUCAUCGAUCACGGGCACUUUCAGGCGCGUUCACGUCCACACUGGUUCCCAUACGACCGCUACAACGGGAUAUCCCUCGGGCUGACCGUCUACGCCGUCGCCGCCAUCGUCGCCGAUCACGAGCUGCUCGGGAGCGCGCUGUUCGCGCUCGCGAUGAACCACAAGCAGAUGAGCGCGUACUACGCCCCCGCGUUCUUCGCGUAUCUGCUCGGACGGUGCCUUCGCCGCGAGAGGCCGCUUCUCGAAAUUGUCAAGCUCGGCGCCGUCGUGAUCGGCGUCUUCGCGACGCUCUGGGCGCCGUUCUAUCUCUCCGGCGGCGCGGGCUGGACGGGCGUGCUCACCGUGCUCCGGAGGUUAGUUCCACUCCAGAGGGGGUUGUACGAGGAUUACGUCGCGAACUUUUGGUGCGCGACGGCGCCGGCGUUUAAGUGGAAGCGCGUCCUCUCCGUGCCGACGUCGGCGCGCGUCGCGACGUUCGCGACGAUCGCGGCGCUCCUCCCGAGCGCGCUCCGGACGAUAAAAACGCCCACGAAAGACGCGUUUCUAUGGUGCCUCUCGUGCAGCGCCUUCGCGUUCUUCCUCUUCAGCUUCCAAGUGCACGAGAAGAGCGCGCUGCUGCCGCUGCUGCCGGCGACGUUGCUGUCGCUGCGCGCGCCGACGCUAGCCGCGAGGCUGCCUCUCGCGGUGUGCUUCUCGUGCUACCCGCUGCUCGAGAGGGACGGGCUGUCGCUCGCGUACGUCGGCGUGAUGGGCGCGUUCGCGUCGGUGAUCGGCGGCGGCGCGCCGCCUCCUCCCAGCGGUGGCGGCGGCGGAGGAGGCGAAGGCGAAGGCGAGGGCGAGAGAGAGCGUCGGUGGUGGGGCCGCGUCGACGCCGUCUCCGCGGCCGCGUUCGUCGUCGCGCACGCCGCGGCGAUCUUCGUCCCGCCGCCGGCGUCGCUCCCGCAUCUCCACGCGCUCGCGUUCACGUCGUCGGCGUUCGUCUACUUCGCGGGCGCGGCGGCGUAUUGUCACGCGAGGUUGUGGGCCGAGACGGCCGCCGAGCGCGCGGCGAGCCGGAUCUUUGGUGAAACAAAAGAACGGUGCCGAGGCGACCCCGACGUCCUCCGGCGCGUAGGGGAGAAGUUUGCGGCGGCGGCGGCGGCGGGGGGGGAGGCGCGCGAUCGUCGCGGCGCGAGGGCGUCGACGAGGGCGAGGCGGAAGCAGCACGCGGAGUGA